GAGAAAGAAAUAAAGACAAGUUAUGUUAAAAUCAAGGAAAGGAUGUGGGAUUUACUGGGACACGCUGAAGAAGGAGGCCAGGGACCGAUAUGGAUUUGUUCAGGAGAUGCAGGUCAUUAAACCCACAAACAACACCAUCAUCAGGUCAAAGGUACAUGUCAAAGUUCAGAAUGCAGUUAAAGCAGGAAAAUCAGCAGAACAAAGCAUCCUACAAGACGAUGGGUCCGGUGAAAGUGGAAAAGCCUUCUCCUGAUAAAUACCUGCUGAAACACUCUAAAGAGCCCAAACUUCCUGAGAAGAAGACUUUCUCCUACGGCGAUGUCCAGCCCAGGAAGCCACAGAUACCUGCAAAAACCAAGCAGCUGCUCACGGUCGGGGACACCAAAAGAAACUUUGUGAAAAGUAACGUCAUGGAGAACACAAUGGUGGUUCCACAUCAACCGCAGUCUGCAUGUGCUCAGACCAAAUAUGUAGACAAAGAGCUGCUGGAGAACUCGGGCCUCAUCCGAAAGUUUGUCAAGAAAAAGGAUUACGGUCAGACCCCGGAGUAUCUGAGUCAGAGGCAGGAGGAGGUGAGGAGAGCACAGGAGAAGUACGAUCACUACGUGAAGGAGAAGAUGAAGGAGGGAGCCAUUAAGCAGUUCUCUGAGGAGGAACGCCUGAAUAUACUGCAUGGUUUGAAGAAGAACUUGGAUGAGCUCCAGCAUCAGUACCAAGGCUUGUCUGUGAUCACAGAUACAGUGCCUAAGAGACACAGGAAGGAGAAACUGGAGUCACAGAUGAAGCAGCUGGAGAAAGACAUCGAGCUGGUCAAGAGAUACAAAACCAUCUACAUCACUGAAAACUGAUGAUCACCACAUGCCUGAUGUCACAGACU